AUGUCCUCAGAUAUCGUUGUUUAUCUUGUAACAGGUGCUAACCGUCCUCGUGGACUAGGAUUCAGUCUCGUUGGGCAUAUUCUUCGUACACACGAGAAUGCUUUUGUCUAUGCUGCUGUCCGGGACCCGGCCAAGGCGGUUGCACUUCACGAGUUGAAAGAAAAAUACUUCGACAGGCUUGCGAUCGUAGAGUGUGUUUCAGCUGAUGUAAAGAGCAACUCAACGAUGGCAAAGGAAAUCGAGGAACGACACGGACGGGUUGAUACCGUGAUUGCUAACGCAGCGCUGUUGGGUGCUGCAGCUUCUGUUCAUGAGGUUGCCGUUAAAGAUAUGGAAGAACAUUUUAGAGUCAAUGUAGUAGGCCCUAUGGUCCUAUUUGGUGCUGUGUACAAACUACUGAAGCGAAGCACAAAUCCUCGCUUCAUUCCCAUCAGUAGUCCUGGAGGCAGUCUCAGUGGGCCCAUUAUCGAAUUCCCGAUUGGAAGUGUGAUAUAUGCUUCUACCAAGGCUACAUUGAACUGGAUAGCACGUAAAAUUCAUUUCGAGAAUGAAUGGAUUAUUGCGUUCCCCUUGUCACCAGGAGAAAUAGAUACCGAUAUGUUUGAUUUCACCGUCUCUGUUGAUAAUGGCGGAGAAUAUCAGAAUCUGAUUAAGACACGGGGAUACGGAUUGCCGCCAGCCACAGAAGUGGCAGCCUCAUUAUUGAAAAUCAUUGACAAUUCAACACGGGAGGAGAAUGGAGGGGCGUUCAUGAACGUAGAUGGUGGUACCCUUCCAUGGUAA